AUGGCUAAAAAUCGAUCUGAAACCAAGAAAUCCGUAGCAGAAGAAGAAGAUUCUUCAACAGACAAUGAAGGUUCGGAGUCGGAAUCGGAAUCGGAACCGGAGAAAACCCAAACUCAAAUGCAGAUUGCCAAAAGUCCAUCCGCGGCGGCAACGAAGGUCACCGAAGCAUCAUCUACGCAUGCCAAAAUUCAGGCCGCUUCGUCGUCUUCAUAUGAGACUGAUACCGAAUCGGAUUCCGAGUCCGAGUCCGAGUCUCAAAGACCCGCCCCGAUUGUUAAACCCACGGAUCACCCACGAGAAUCCGCCCAAACCAAGCCGAGAAAAUCCGGUGCCGAAGCUAAACGCCCGGCGCCUGCUGCGGACAGAGAAAAUUCUCCGAGGAGAUUAAACCAUCGGCAGACGAUUCGAAGAAACAGCUAUUCCAGAGACUGGAGCGAAGACGAUGAAAUAGCUCUUCUGGAGGGAAUGAUCGAGUACACGGAGAAGGAGAAUGCCGAUCCGCAUACUGACUUGGACGCGUUUCACGAUUUCAUACGAAAGUCUCUGCAUUUCACAGUGAGUAAAAACCAGCUGCAGAAUAAGAUAAAGCGGGUGAGGAAAAAGUACAUAAACAACGCCGGAAAGGGGAAGAAAGGAAAGGAGAAGUCAUUCUCAAAACCCCACGAGCAAAAAACCUAUGAACUGUCCAGGAAAAUAUGGGGGAAAGGGGAUGAGAAAAUCGAGGAUAAACUCGGGGAUAGCAGCAGCCAAGUAAGACUUGUUCACGCUCUGAUGGCCUGCAAUGGAGAAGAAAAAAUCAAUAAAAAUUCAAUGAAGAAAGCUCCGGUCAUUGAGGACGCCAUUGAAACGCCUGAGGCUGCUGCUUCGAGUGGAUGGAAGAAUGGCGUCAAGAGAAUGGAGGCUGAGAACAAAGCGGAAUUGAAUUCACUGUCGCAAUUUAUGGAGAAGAACAAAGGUAUUGUGAUCGGUGAGGAGAAGAGAAACGAGAUUGAGAAGAAGCGGAAAGCUGUGGUGGUAGCUGAGAUCGAUCUGUUCUUGAAGGAGCUAGAGCUGAUUCAAGAACAAGUGAAGGCGACUUUGGAAGCCAUGAAGUAGUCGCUGCAAAAUGAGGGAUCAAUGAAGUUAUUACCAGUUUUUUGCCCUCCCUCUGUUUUGAUAUUUUGCUAAGUCAAACAUGAACGCUGGAAUCCUCUUUGCAAAUAAAUUAUUAGUAUCUUUA